AUGGAACUCUACAGAGUGCUGGCGGCCGUCCCGCAGAGUGGAGUGAAGUCAUGCUCGCUGAACUGCCUGGCAGAGGGCUAUAACUUCUACACUGAGCGCGCUCCAGCUGUGGUGGACGGCACACCUUGCCGGGACGACUCUCUGGACGUUUGUGUUAAUGGCGAGUGUAAGCAUGUGGGCUGUGACCGGAUCCUAGGCUCGGAUGUUCGGGAAGAUCGCUGCCGCAUUUGUGGAGGAGAUGGGAGCAGCUGCCAGGUCAUCGAGGGGGUCUUCAAUGACUCCUUGUCUGAAGGAGGUUAUGAGGAGGUGGUCAGGAUCCCCAAAGGAUCAGUAUUCAUACACAUCCAAGAGCUCAAUGUCUCUCACAAUUACUUGGUGUUGAAGAGCAAAGGGGAUCAGUACUUCAUCAACGGCAAGCUGACCAUCGACACACCAAGACGCUUCGACAUUGCGGGAACCACCUUCCACUACCGCCGACCCGCCAAUGAACCGGAGACCCUGGAAGCACUUGGACCCACCAACAUGACCCUGAUCGUCAUGGUGUUGGUCCGUGAGGAAAAUCCUGGGAUCCAUUACCGUUUUAACCCACCUGUCAACAGAGAUCCCCUGAGCAGUUACGCCUGGCAUUAUACAUCCUGGUCCAGCUGCUCUGCGCUGUGUGCAGGAGGGGUUCAAGUCCAGCAGGUAGUGUGCAAGAAACAAGCCGAUCUCUCUGUGGUGUACAACCACUUCUGCGACAAGAAAAACAAGCCCAAAGACAAGAAAAGACCCUGCAACUUGGAGCCCUGUUCUCCAAUGUGGUGGACAGGAGACUGGUCAGAUUGCAGUCGGAGCUGUAACGGAGGAGUGCGGACGCGGGAAGUGCUGUGUAAAAGAAAGAUCUCGGUAACAGAGGAGAAAGUCCUUGAUAACACGGCCUGCACCCCACCACAGCCUUCCGUCACCGAGCCCUGCAACAACCACACCUGCCCACCAGAAUGGCAUGCCCUGGACUGGUCUGAGUGUACUCCUAGCUGUGGUCCGGGUUACAGGUACAGAGUGAUUUUGUGCAGAAGUGGAGAGAACGGUGAAACGUUGCCAGAGUCAGAGUGCCCGAAACAAAGCCACCCGACCACCAGGGUGCGCUGCAACAUACAACGUUGUCCACCACCUCAGUGGGUUACAGGACCCUGGGGAGAGUGUUCGGCUUGGUGCGGUAUGGGUCAAGAGAUUCGUUUAGUGCAGUGUCUGACACACAUUGGCCAGCCAUCUAAUGAGUGCACAGAGACACAUCGUCCCGCCUCCAUGCAGCAGUGCAAGAGCAAGUGUGAUAAAAAUGGCCCUACAGAUAACCCUGAAGAGUGUAAAGAUGUGAACACAGUGGCAUACUGCCCCCUAGUGCUCAGGUUCAAAUUUUGCAGCCGUGCAUACUUCAGACAGAUGUGCUGCAAAACCUGCCAAGGACACUGACCUCCCUCUCACUCGCUCUCUCACUCUCUAUGUCUCUCGCUCUUGCCCUCAUUUUCUUCCCUCUCCACCCUCCCGUCUUCUUGCAUGGCCAAAAACGCCCAUGCUCAGCAUUCCGCUGGAGGAGUGCUGUUAACCACUGGCAGACUGACAUCAUUGUGAGAGAAAGCACGGAAGAAAUGAGAGCGAGAGAGAGACUUGAAAAGAGAGAGAAAGAGAGAAAGUCUGUGCUGCUCUCUUUCUCUCCCUCCAACCAGCUGCUUUGGCACUGCUGCUGUGAAUACCAGUCUGCCCAAAAGACAUCCGUCAGUGUUUCUUUUGCUCUUCCAUGUGGUGCUUUCGGCCAUCACUGUCAUACAGAGAAGUGUUUAUGAACUGUCACAAUCUCAGUGAAUAAUAGUUGUCUGUUAUUGUAAUGUGACCAUUUAUAGACCGGUCAUCUUUAUUAUAGUCUCAAAGGUUCACUCAGUAAUUUUUUGUGUAGCGCUGGCCGUUUUGGACUUAUACUGACACCUAGUGUUGUGGAUGAAUCAUCAUGCACAGUUGUUUUCAGUUACCAAUGUAGAAAAGCACUACUGGUAGUCAGCCAUUAUUAAGUUAAUCCACAAACAAAAUUGUCCAAAAACAACCAGGUUACUGAGUUGAAAUGAGUAGUGUGGAGCUGGUCAUGUGAUCUCAAUAUGGCUGCUCCCAUGAGAG